AUGGUGUACUUCCGGUUAACUUUAACACAACUUUUCGCUGUUUCACACAUUGUUUAUUGUGUUAAUGUCGAAUUCCAGGCAUAUGAUGAGGAAACGUAUGGGAAAUACUACAGUUAUGUGGAGUUUAGUCGUCGUUUUAAGCAUCUCGCUGAAAAAUACCCGCAUAUUUGUCACCUCGCGAGCGUUGGUAAGUCUGCUGAAGGCAGAGAACUUUGGGUGAUGAGGAUCACAGCUCACACCGAGCUCCUCAGAGAUGUUCCUGAAAAACCGCGAUUCAGAUACUUGGGGAACAUCUACGGAGAUGAGGUUCUCUCCAGGCAGAUCUUGAUCUACCUCACUGAUUAUCUCUUGCGUCAGUAUGGAUCUGAUCCCAGAGUGACUGACCUCAUAGACAGCACGGAUAUUUAUAUCUUCCCCAGUGUGAAUCCUGAUGGUGCUGAGAAGGCUGUAGAAGGGGAUUGUACUGGCAGCAAAGCGGGCCAAGAAAACCACAAACAGUUUGAUCUGAACCCGAAAUUUGAUCCAAAUGCCUUGGAAGGUGCACCUGAGAUGUUGGCCGUCAUUAAAUGGGUUUUACAGAAAAAGUUUGUUCUUGCUGGAAACUUGCAAGGAGGCUCAGUAGAAGCCAGCUACGACUUUGAUUACUCCAGUUCCAAUGUUACACCAGUUGCAUACAGGCGUACAGAUGAUGACGAUGAUGCACUGUUCCGCUAUUUGGUAAAGACUUUUACUGAAAACCACUCAGUCACGAGAGAGGGCGAGUUCCAAUGUCCUGAUGAGCUGAACAAGGAGUUCAGGAAUGAGAUGAAUGAUGUGCGAGGAAGCAUGCAAAAUUUUAGCUACUUCAGGGGAAACUGCUUUGAAGUCACCUUUCAGCUGAGCUGCUGCAAAUACCCGUUGGCUUCAGAUCUCUAUACGGAGUGGUACAACACCAAGGAAGCUCUGCUAGCAUACAUGGAAAAGGUUCACAUUGGAGUCAAAGGUUAUGUCUUGACCACCUCAGGAAGGGGCAUCCCAGGCUCAAACAUUACAGUUGAUGGAAUAGAUCACACCAUCACAACAUGGAUAUUUGGCGAUUAUUACCGCUUGCUCCUCCCAGGAACGUAUAACAUCACAGCCAGCUCUCACGGGUACCUUCUGAGCACUGUAAACAAUGUAAGCGUGAUUGAAGGCAAAGUGACUCGACUCAACUUCAUCCUAAAGCUUUUGAGUGAAGAGGUGCUGAUGCCUGGGCUUUCCACCACUCCUGUACCGACCGUAGCAUACCGGUCAACUGAACAAGUUCUUGACAACCAACAAUCUUCCACAUGGGAGCCCCCAGUCCAGAGACAGGAUUUUAAUCAUUCCAAUUACUCACAAAUGGAAGUGUUCUUGCAGCAGAUUAGCUCUAUUUAUUCAUCUCUUUCCCAACUGUACUCGAUUGGCCAGUCAGUGCUGGGCAGGGAUCUCUAUGUCAUGAAGAUAUCUUCAGACCUUGGCACUGAUGAACCAGGUAAACCAGAAGUAAUAUUUGUUGGCAACUUGCAUGGCAAUGAUGCUGUAGGUCAAGGGAUUCUCUUACAUUUGAUCGAGUACCUGUGCAGUAAUUAUGGCAGCGAACCUUUGAUCACACAACUGAUGGACCGUACAAGAGUGCAUAUACUGCCUUCCAUGAACCCAGAUGGAUAUAACGUGGUAGAAGAAGCUCCGGGAUAUUUUAAUGUAAAUGGAGAACUCGAUGGUGGUAUGGAAGAUGACGGAAAUCAAAACGUUGACUUGAGCAGGAACUUUCCUGAUCAGUUCCAUGCAGCCAAUUUUGUACGACCAGAAACCAAGGCAGUGAUGAGCUGGAUUAAAGUGAACUCGUUUGUUUUGUCUGCUAGUAUUCUUGGUGGAGUGAUCGGAGUGACGUAUCCAGGUUCGGUUGAUUCCGUUGAUGAGGAUGUGUUUAAAUUGAUCACACAGGGCUAUUUGGAAUUUUCAUCUCUCCCAAGGUCACAGACCUGUGAGGACAGAAAUGAAAUGAAUCAUAACGCCCCCACAGGGAUUGAUCUGGAGAGCUGGAUGUACCAUAAUACAGACACACUGGGAGUCGGGAUCGGCGUGAGCUGUGAUCUGCAUCCACCAGUUGAAAACAUUACGAUGUGCUGGAACCAGAAUCAAAGGCCUCUGCUUCAGUUAAUCCAACAGGCUCAUUUGUCAGUCAGGGGUAGAGUAAUGGAUAGCCAGACUGGUCAGGCUAUUGUUAAUGCUACCGUAGAGGUGGACGGCUCCAGGCAUCAGGUCCAUACCAGCAGCACAGGAGAGUACUGGAGACCUCUGGCUCCUGGGAUGUACCAGCUCCAUGCCUUUACUCCAGGAUAUUUUCCACACUCCGUGUCGGUCACAGUGACUGUAACUUGGGUGGAGCAGGUGAAUUUUGCACUGAUUCGAGAUCAGCGGCCGCAACCUGGAAGUCAGGUUGAAGAAGAGGAGUUUCAGAGGUUGGUGGAGAACUUGUCUUCUGCUCAGGGCCUCAAAGACCUCGUCCAGAACUAUCUUCCAGCCAGAAGUCUGCACUACAGGAAGCACAGGGAACGCUCAGAUUUCCUGCAUGGACUUCACCUCAGCUUUCCUCAUAUCACCCGUCUCUACAGUCUGGGUAACAGCUGGGAGUUCCGGCCUAUCUGGGCUCUGGAGAUCUCUGCGGAUCCUGAGUCAACACAGCCCACGGUGCCCAAAAUCCGGUACGUCGCAGGUGUCCAUGGAAACACUGCAGCAGGGCCUGAGCUUCUGCUGGAGUUUGCAUCUCUUCUGUGUAUAAACUAUGGUGGGAAUCCUAUCAUCACAAAGCUGAUUGACAGGAGCCGGAUUGUAAUCAUUCCAUGUGUGAAUCCGGAUGGCAGAGAGCUGGCUCAGGAGGGCUCGUGUUUCUCCACAGCAGGACUCCCCAAUGCUCACGGUGUCGACCUUGACACAGACUUCAUGUAUGGCAACACGUCUGCGCAGCCAGAAACGCGUGCGAUGAUGAAUCUGAUUGAGGGAGGAGGCUUCUCUCUGUCUGUUACACUAGAAGGAGGCUCUCUGCUCACAACGUACCCCUAUGACAGACCCACUGAACCAGCACACAGCGAAGAAACUCUGAGAUAUUUGGCCUCGAUCUAUGCAAGCAAUCACCCUGUCAUGCACUUGGGAUAUCCUGGAUGUGUCAAUGGACUGGAGUCAAUCCAAGGAGGAAUUCUGAGGGGUGCAGAGUUCAAAGGUCACAUGGGCAGUAUGAAGGAUUUUAGUCUGGAUGUGGGUUUGUGUCCUGAGAUCACGGUGUACACCAGUUGCUGUCUGUACCCACCUGCUCAGCAGCUUCUCUCGCUCUGGGCAGAGCACAGGACGGCUCUGUUUGCCAUGCUGCUGGAGAUUCAUAAGGGGCUGAGUGGCGUGGUGAAAGAUGAGAAGGGCCAGCCAGUGUCUGAUGCCCUGAUCAAGGUCAAUGGCUCGGUGUUUGUGCAUACAGAUGGGCAAGGCUUCUUCCACACUCUCCUGCCUCCAGGAACUCAACAGCUGCAGGUCCAAGCUUCAGGGUUUCAAGAGCAGCUCAUGCAGGUAAAUGUAUCAUCAUAUCAAAAGGCAGUUCCGAUUAUGAUCAAGUUUAGUGAAAACAGUAGAUACAGAGGCCCGGGAUUAGUCCUGAUUGCUGCAAUCUCCAUAACCGUUCUCCUGCUCUGUUUGCUCCUGGUGUGGAACUUCCGCUCAGCCAAGUUCAAGCGAAUCAGAGCACCGUAUCGAUGGUUCCAUCGUCUGCAAGAACAUCAUCAAGCAGAGGCCAGAGCAUCUGAGAAGCUGCCUCUACAGAGCAUUUUUUUGGAGGACAGCGAGAGUGAGGAGGAUGCUUUUUACCUCAGGCAGCACUGA